UUAUCUGAUAAUGUUUCGUUUUUCAAAGUAAACCAAAUGUGAAAAUUCAAAAAUACAAAUUUGAGUUUUAGUAAUUAGACAUAGAGUAUUUUAUAAUAUUAGUUAACCAUUCAAAAUGCUAUAAACAGUAGAUGCUGUUACCACUUAAUAGCUAAAUACUAUUACUAUUGUUCUGUGCUAUAACAAGACUAUAUGUGACAGUACCUGCCAAAAUACUUUUGUAUUUUUACGUAACAAUAUAUUUUAUACAUAAAUAUUUUUGUUUAUUAUCCAUGUAUAACCUUUUUGACCUUAAAUUGUUUAUAUCAUAUCUAAAUACAAAGUAUUUCAAAAGUAUUUAUAAGUGUUAAUUGCUGAGAAAUGUUUAGAUGAAGUUCCCUAUUGUAAUUUGUAACAAAUAAUUAUUAUAUUGUGUAUUCAUACCAAAAUACAAUAUGACAAUUAAUAAAUUUGAUUAUUUGUACAGAAAAUUGUUGCUUACUAAAUACUUUGUAAAUGGUUGGGGUGAUCCCGAAAAACUUAAAAGUUUAUUUCAAUUCAGAAAAAUCAUUAUAGAUCGAGAUUCAUGUUACAAACUUGUAUCAUCUGAUUAUCCCGUAAAAAUUGUUAAAAAAAAAGAAGAUACUGAUUCAAUAACAUUAGAAGGAGUAUUUGAAUCACCUUUUUCUUAUUAUCUUCCAGAUAUUGUACCUAAAGAAAGUCAUCUUGCCCAUUUCCAAGUUAUAUUACCAAAAAAAUGGCCUACCAAAAAUGUCAAACCAAUAUGUUUACACAUGGCAGGCACUGGAGACCAAUAUUAUUGGAGAAGGCGAACUAUACUUGCAAACCCCCUUGUAAAAGAAGCAGGGAUUGGAUCAAUAAUUUUAGAAAAUCCAUUCUAUGGAAAAAGAAAACCAAUUAACCAAGUAAGAUCUAUAUUGUGCAAUGUUUCUGAUAUAUUUGUAAUGGGUGGAUGUUUGAUCCUGGAAUCCCUUGUAUUAUUUCAUUGGUGUGAACGUCAAGGAUUUGGACCCAUUGGAGUCACUGGUUUAUCUAUGGGUGGACAUAUGGCCUCUUUAGCUGCUGCAAGUUGGCCUAAACCAAUUGUGCUUGUUCCUUGUUUAUCUGGUACGACAGCUUCUGGAGUAUUUACAGAGGGUGCUAUAAGCUGUGCAAUUGACUGGGAUUUACUUGAAAAUCAAUAUAAAUCAAAUUCAGUAUACAAAAACGAAGUUGUAAAUAUGAACAACAAAGUCAACAAAUUAUAUAACGAGUUCAAUGCAGGAAAACAAUUUAUAAAAGAUAUUAGUGCUGAAUCACAUUUAAAUAUGCAGUCAAAUUUAAUGUUUGAUAAUUUAAAAAAUGAUAAAACUUCCUUAAAUACAUUUCAUUCUCAGAAGUUAAACACAUUAAAAUCAACUAAUUCAUUUGAUAAUAUUAAAGAUCUAACAAUUGAGGAAAGUAAUGAACUUCAAAUUAAGAAGGACUUGAAAUUAUUAAAACACAUGAUGAGAUUUUUCAAUAAACAAUCAAAAAGUCAAGAUUUAAAUUUAGAAGCAUUGAGUUUUAUGAGAGGUAUUAUGGAUGAAUGUACUCAUUUAAAAAAUUUCAAGUCCCCUGUUGACAUUGAUUUAAUCAUAGCAGUUUGUGCAAAACAUGAUGGUUAUGUACCUCAAAAUAACAUGGACAAAUUUGAAGAUAUUUGGCCAGGCACAGAAGUUAGAUAUGUUGAUACAGGACAUGUUAUAGCUUUUUUACUUCAUCGAAACACAUUCAAGACUGCAAUAAUAGAUGCAUUUCAACGAGCUCAAAAAAAAUAUUAUGAUAAACAUUUUUAAUUUUUUGUUGAAUUUACCAUUUUUAUAAUAUAAUUUACCUUGUAAACCAUUCAAAUGUAUAUCUUUCUAAUACCCUAUAGCUAUAAACCUACUUUUGAAACU